CCAGUAACCUUCCUCCACACACGGACGGGAUCUCUCCGGCGCACAUCGCCGCCGCCACAUUCCUCCGCUCAGGAAAGAAACCCGCACACUUUCUGGAUACUUUUUUCCUUUGGAUUUUAAUGCCUGAGUUAAUAAUUCAUCUAGCACUACUCUCGGGUAGUUUGCAUAUCUUUUCCUUUGGCGACGAGCGGCUGCGGUGCGGGGCGCAACAUAUCCGCAAGCGGUGUUUAGGUGCCCUCUCCCAGCCCCUCUCUGGAUGCAUCAGACUCCUCUGCCCCGGGGCCCUGGACCCGGUGUGUGAGCCCGCCACCCUCGCCCCAUUCCCCCUCUCUUCCCUCUCCCUCCGCGCCAAACUCCUUCCCGCCUGUGCACCUCGACGCUCCUGUUCUGGGCCCCCUGCCUCUCGACCAGCGGGCAGAGGCAGGGGGCCAUGGCGCCAUGGUAACCUUCAGCGGACGCAACCCCCUCGCCAUGAGCAGCGUGCCCCCUCCGGAGGGCAGGGUUCAGGGGUCAGCCUUUACCCCGCAUCACUUCAAGCCCUUCAGCUCGCACGCACACUACCAGCAGGUGAUGCGUGCGUUGCGUAAACUACAGGAGAGUGGGUUCUACUGGGGGGCCGUGGGGGGCCGGGAGGCCAGCUCCAUGCUGCGCUCCGAACCGCCUGGCACCUUCCUGAUCCGCGACUCCUCGGACCACCACCACUUCUUCACCCUCUCUGUCCAGACGGCUCGAGGGACCAAGAACCUGCGCAUCCACAGCGAGGGAGGCGGCUUCUUCUUGCAGCCAGACCCCCAAAACACCCAAGAGCUCCCGCAGUUUGAUUGUGUUCUGAAACUCAUUGCUCACUACAUGGGCAAAGGGCCAGAUGCUGGAAGGAGCAGAGACGGGGCAUGCGGGGGCAAUUCAGGACAGGUGGAAAUGAAGGGACGCAGCGUGUAUCUGAUCCACACCGGUGGAGAGAGGAUUCCCUUGGAACUGCGCCGGCCCCUCUCCACUUCCCUGUCGUCCCUGCAGCACAUGUGCAGGAGGACGCUGAACAACCGAGGUCUGGGGGGGUCGGAGCGAGCCGAGCAGCUACCGCACACACUUAGAGACUUCUUGGAGGAGUACGACGCUCCUAUAUGACUGACAGGACCUGCAGAGGUUCCACUACAUGGACCAGGUGCCUGGAGGACGGCACAGACCAGUUCUCAGCGCAUAGGUGAAUACGUGCAUCACCAGAUACUGACCAGAGUUAGCCUUAGAUGCCUGUGUGAAGUCAGUUUUUCAUCGAGACCAGAAUCUGCUGAUCCCGGCUCUGUUUCACCAUCUGAGAGUCUCCCACAGACCGGGGUCUGGGAUGAGGAGUGGGAUUUAGGCAACCAGCGCUUACCUCGUCCGCCCUGCCUCGCAAAAACUGACCACUAGAGUGAGUGGCAGAUGAAGCCAGAGGUCAAAGGUCAGUGUUUCCUAUGACUGACUCAGACGCAGAGCAGAGCCUCGUAGAAGAUUAACCUGAUCGGUAGAUAUUAAUGACGACGACACGAUCAACACGCCGCCAGUGAUCCCUGUGGGUUUAAUGUGCCGAAGAAGUCCCCCCCCCCCCCCCCACUGGACAGAAAGAAAGAAGGCAAACAACAGAAAGACUUCGAGGGGGUGAAUGAAGGAGGAGUUUCAAAGAAAAGGCAAAGUCCAAACGAGGGGCUCGUUGCAGAGAACGUACAGUAUUUGUUUGUCUGAGCGUGUGUGUGUGUGUGUGUGUGUGUGUUUGUGUGUUGUGGUGGCGCACACAUUUCCAUCGCUGCUUCCCGCAAAUGUUGCCUCAUGCAGGGGUGUGGGGUGGUCAUGCACUAACUCUGCAGGCACACACACACACACACACACACAUGCAGGUACAGACUCACAUGUAGGUUUUGUUAGCGUAGGAACAAGAAAAAAAAAAUCAUUACAAAGCAUCUUCUCCUUCUCCUGUUUGUUUCUUGGUUCUCCUCCUUUACCCAAUCCCUGCCCCC